UAUUGCUUAGUAUGGAAUACAUGAUUAAUUUAGUAAUUCCAAGUGAUCAGAAAUGAUGCAUUCCGGACAUUUUAUUUUUGUGAUGAUCUGUGUCGCAGUUUAUUCAAGAGGUUCCUUUUGUCAACCUGGAGAUGAAAUUGAUCCAAUAUACAUUUCCUACCAAGGUAAGGACAAUAGUGAACAAUACGAGAAUUACUAUAAUAAUAAUGGUGGUAAGGACUGUGAAGCUGUGGAUGAGUACACUAUUACCAAACAGGUUGGAGUCAAUAUUCAUCUACAAAAAGGGACUACUACCAAAAAAUAUGAAGUUGAUAUUUGUCAGCAAAACGAAAUAGAAUGCCCCGUAGUUGAUGGCGAAUAUCCAGUCUAUUUUCCGCUACCAGACUGCACCAAAUUUUGUCAGUGUUCUAACGGAAAACCGUAUCUUCAUGACUGUCCAGAUGGUUUGCAUUUCAAUUCUAUUUUGAAUAUAUGCGUCUGGCCUCAUGGCGACGACAAUAAUUGUGAUGAUGGAAAAAAGGAGACUACUACUGUCGAGACUACUACUGAAGUCGAUUUGUGUCAACAAAAUGGAAUAGAAUGUCCCAAUGUUGAUGGCAAAGAUCCAGUCUACAUUGCGUUACCAGACUGCACUAAAUUCUGCCAGUGUUCUAACGGAAUACCAUACCAACAUUAUUGUCCCAAUGGUUUACACUUCAAUUCCAAAUUGAACAUUUGCGAUUGGCCAGUGAAUGCGAAUUGUUCUUCUAUUAGCGUCUGGUAUCUCUGAAUAUAUUUUUCGUCCAUGCCUCUGAAAAAAUAAAUAAAAUGUCAUUCAAUUGUU